CUUAAUAUCAAGUUCUUAAUAAUCUUUUGUUAGGGCUGGUUAUGGAAAAAUAAUUAGUAUGAAAAUAGAGCAAAAGCCUGUGUGGAACAGCGCUCGUGUCCGUCAAACAUGUAGAUAAGGAAGAAUAUUUUUGGAGGCACAAAGAAACCUCAUAAAUAAAAACGAAUAGAUUUCAUUAUAUAUGAACGCAGAGUUAUUAAACUUUUAAAAGCGUUUAUUAAAAAAACAAUAUUAAAACUUUUUUUUUUGUCGAAAAUAGUAAACAGCAGUCGGAUUUUUUUCACGUGCAAGUGCGAUAGCCUAAUUUCUAAUGUGCAAAUACAACACUGAGUAAGAAAAUAUGUUCCUUUAUUUUACAUGUAUCGUUAUAUUUGAUAUGCACAUGUAGCUCAGUAAAAUGCUGCACUAUGUCAGUUGUCAUAAGCAAGUUUUAGUACGAUUUUACAAAGCUUAUUCAUAAUUGAAAGCAUAGGCUAUUCUGACGCAAUACCCAAUUAUUAACCAUUUAUUAAUUGCAUGACUGAAAAACGUGCAAACGGAUAUUUUAAAAUUUCAAUUUUAUCACCUUCCUUAAUUGAAAUUAGACACGGGAUCAGCGAAGCCAGAGAACCAACUUCGAUUCAAGACUCCCUAUUUGUCAGUGCACAAUUGGGACAGCACGUCACUUUUACAUUGGCUCAGUGUUAGCCAAUCGGAGUCGUCUUUAUCUGAGCGCGACUCAAGGCGAUUGUGACGGCAGAGGUGCAGUGCCCGGAUAGGUAGACUUAUCUUGAUUGACAGUCUCGCUCGGGCUCGGUAGUAGAUUCAGAGCGCUGUAGCAUUGGCGCUGUCCACACGAGAGCAGGUUCUGAAACGCGCCGUGCGCUCGUGCAGUGUUUGCGCGGUAAGGACGGAGGCUCGACCACUGCUUCUCACCGCCGGAGCAAUCACGCUGGAAGAACACCGUUCGGCGGACAUCAAUUGCGACGAGAAAGACAAAUUACACUACAGUAUCAGUCAUCUGAGACUUUCCGUGGAUUUUUACGCGCGUGCUGGCUGGUUCAAAACUUGAUAGGCUAAAGCCUGUUUUCUUCUUCACGACAUUUUUUGGACAUUUUUUUCAAGUUCAAAUGCUUCACGCAAUGGCUAUUUAUCAAUUUCUGUUUAACUUUGGCAAACAUUUUGAUUCGGGGUUCAUACCAUGUACUUUUUAAUUUAAUAUGUCCACGGUCGUAUGUCUAUUGUUUGUGGAUCUUCGUGCUGUCGGAGUUAUUUGCUUUUUUAAAAAGAGAGGUUUUAAAAACGAUUUGAACAAUUAGAAGAUCAGGAUGCAAGGAAAUCGCGUUCAUGUGAAGAUACGUUGAACAUGAAGUAAAUGUUUUGGUUUCUCAGAAACCUCACCAGGGUUUUUCAGAUCCCUGGUAGAGACGCGCUCUGACAGUGCGAGCCUCAGUCACAGUUCACGGGUCACGGUCAGUGGAGCGAGGAUGUCAAGAUAGAGCUUGGAAACGAGACUUCUACAUUUUUAUCUAAAGCUUAAGAAGACUGUUCGGACUAAUAUUAAAAUUGGUACAUAUCGCCAAGACUUUUCAUGAAAUACCAUUUUGAUGAAUCCCUACAGAUGUCUGAGUUAGUUCACUCUGGAUGUUGGGCCGCAGAAGCAGUUGUGUGACCCUGCAGGGUUGUCCCCUGACCGCCUGUUUGCUUAUUUUUGUAGACUAAAAAAUGAUGGAACAGAUAAAUGCUUAUUUAUGAAUUAACUUUUUUUUAUCCCCCCCUCGAAAAUCACAAAAACUACUUUUACUCUUGACCUUAGGCCUUAGGUCUUCAGGGUCAAUUGUUUAUUUUCCAACCAAAGUUUCUUUGGACUUCAAAACAGCUGAAACUGUGUUUAAAAGAGACAUUUCCGAGCAAAAGGGACUGACUACAUACGCACAAACCUUUAAGAGGAAAAAAGAACAGGACAUUAAAGACUUUUUGGUGGUUUUUCACGGAAAGCCUGUCCUGCUAACCGAUGGAAAUCCACUGCAAACACGACCCGUUCGCAGCGAUGCACAGGCAUGGAGGGGUGAAUCAGCUGGGUGGGGUGUUUGUAAACGGGCGGCCCUUGCCUGAUGUGGUGAGGCAGAGGAUAGUGGAGUUGGCCCAUCAGGGUGUACGUCCAUGUGAUAUCUCCCGCCAGCUCCGGGUCAGCCAUGGCUGCGUCAGCAAGAUACUGGGCAGGUACUAUGAGACAGGCAGCAUCAGACCAGGGGUGAUCGGAGGCUCCAAACCAAAGGUUGCUACACCCAAAGUCGUUGACAAAAUCGCUGAUUACAAACGCCAAAACCCCACCAUGUUUGCCUGGGAGAUCCGAGACAGACUGCUGGCAGAGAGAGUGUGUGACAAUGACAGCGUGCCCAGUGUCAGCUCAAUCAACAGGAUCAUUCGCACUAAAGUCCAGCAACCACCUGGCCAAUCAGGAGCUGUCUCCGCCCAUAACUUAGCCUCUACAGUGGCAGUGACCCAGGUAUCCGCAGUAACCAGUGACGCUGCAGGCUCCUCCUACUCUAUCAGUGGAAUUCUGGGAAUUAGUUCACCUGCCGAUGCAAGCAAGCGGAAGAGAGACGAAACUCUACAGGAUUCUCCUUUGGCGAAUGGCCACGCCCAUUCAGGGCGGGACUUCCUGCGGAAGCAGAUGCGAGGAGAGCUCUUUACACCACAGCAGCUCGAGGUAUUGGACCAUGUCUUUGAUCGACAGCCCUAUCCCGACAUUUACCCCGUCCCUGACAGCAUCAGCUACAAGCCCGCCCAGACGUCUGAUUACUCGGCUAUGGCGUCUCUGGCUGGUGGAUUAGAGGAGAUGAAGAACAGCUUGGCCAAUCAGACAGGAGCAGAGUUGGGUUCUACUGUUGCGGGACCUCAAUCGUAUCCACUAGUGUCCGGUCGUGACCUGGCCAGCACCACGCUCCCUGGUUAUCCUCCCCAUGUUCCUCCAACUGGGCAGGGUAGUUACUCCACACCCUCCCUCACAGGAAUGGUACCUGGAGGUGAUUUCUCUGGCAGUCCAUACUCCCAUCCACAGUAUUCGACAUACAAUGAGUCUUGGAGAUUUGCAAACCCCAGUCUACUAGUGUUCCAGCAGGAGUACGGUUCUUUAUUGGGCUCGGAGAGAGCAGCUUCAUCGGGUCUAUUCUCCGGCCAAACCCCACAACCCACAGGAUCUCCAUACUACUAUAGCGCAGCCACACGGGGAGCAGGAACGGCAGCCACAGCAACUGCCACUGCCUAUGACCGUCACUGACCAGCCGGGCAGAGGAGAAGAGGAAUGGUGAAGGAGUAGGAGAAAGAAAAAAAAAAAAAGAGCAGCGAGAAUGGAUUGAUAGCGCCCACAUAAGACUGCUUACAUAUGGAAGAAAAGAAGUGGAGGAGGAGCAGGAAGGAGAAUGGAGAAAGGAAAAAAAGAAAGAAAGAGGUGACAAUGUUUUCCUGCCAAUUACAAUCAAUGGUCCAAUCAGAAGCUUCAGCUGAUGUGUCUAAUUUCUGUUCAUUAGUGGAAAGUAUACACCCAUUCACCUGUAUUCCUGUGGUGUCACCUCACACUAAGGGCCGUUUACACGACACCGUUUUCAACUAAAAACAGAAAACUUUUUAUGCGUUUUGAUUAUUCACUUACACAACAACAGCGUUUUGGGGGCCUGAAAACAAACUGCAUCUAAACAGGUUUUAAAGUGAAAGUUUUUGAAAACGAUACUGCUAUCGUCUCCGUGUAAAAUACAAAAAUGCACAUUUUUGAAAAAGGCGAUGCCAUGCGCAGGCGUAUUAGAUGUUCAGUUUAUAGGUACAUAGUGUUGCUUUACAAAGUGACAUUGCCAACUACUGGCCCGGCAGCAUAAUACAGCGUUUUAAGUCGCUUUCGCAGAUCCUUGUGAACAGGGAUCGUUUUGACAACAUUGUUGUCUUUAAGCGAAAAACGCAAAGAAAAAAAAAAACGUUUCCGUUUUUAGUACACUAUUGUCGUGUAAACGUACCCUAAAUCUGUUAUUGCUUUGAUUUAUCUUCUGUCAUUAAAGCCUUGCUUAUCCUAUCGUCUUUGCAUCUCUAUGCAGUCUGUUCUUAUAGAGAUGAUCAGGUGUUGGGAGUUGGUACCAGACAAUCUACUAGUGGCAGCUUGAGAUGACCUACAUGAUUUGAGUUGAUUUUUGAGUCAUUUCAUCAACCGUGUGAAUGUGGCAUCAUAAUCUGUUUUACUAGACUGCUAAAACCAUGAAUUGCUUUGGAGAGAACCUAAAGUAUUAAGUGAACGGAGAUUCAAUAGAGUUGGACAGAAAACUCAGGUUGGAAUAUUGGCAUUAUUUACAUUCAAAUUAGCCAGCGUGAAGGACAGACCCAUUUCACUAUUGAUCAUGGGAUGCUUCCAUUUGAAAUUGUAGUGUAAUUAUGGUAGAGUUAGGAGAGAUAUUACUGAAAUCAGCCCUGAUGCGUAAGCACAAGAAUAUUUGAGCCCUCAGUUCUAAUCUAGGAACCAUUUAAACAUAAUGGACUCGUUAAAUAAGAUGGAAGUUUAGCAUUAGUUGCGAUGCGAUGGCUAUAAAUGGACUGUUUUGUGAUUUCAGUCAUUAUGUUUGAAAAUGGCAGCAUUAAAGCACUGUUGUCAUGAAUGAGAGCAUCUGUAUUUUAAAGACUCCUCUCCUUCCUCUGUGUAGAUAAAUACUAUUUACGUAUGUACAGAAUACCCCUAUUCAACUGUACAUUAGUAAGAUUUAUAGCUAUUUAUGAUGGAGAGUAAUAUAUAUAAUUGUGUGUAAAAGUUUACUGCAGACAAAUGCUACAAUGCUACUGCUAGCUAAAGAUGUUGCCGUGGAAUACGUAGCUGGUUCUCUUUUUAAACCCCUGAUGUUUCAUUCCAAAUGCAAAUCAGUUGCAAUUAAUAGAGCUUGCUGGCAUUGAAGCGCUGACAAACUUUUGUAAAGUUGCUACAUUUUAGAAGGGGAACACCAUUAGCGAUGCUAAUUUCCCCAACAGGAAGUGAUGUCAUACUGUCUGUCCAUUCAAAACUCCUUAGCCUCCCCAAAGAUACUCUUCAGUAGUGCAAAUAGACACUCUUAAAAGCACAAAGUGACAAAUCUGUUAUCCGAAAAUGACUUUUUUUGUUCAUGCUCUUUCUCUUUGAGUGCAUUUGUUUUUGAAUAUUCCCUUCAUCCAUACUGCGCCAAGACAAUGCAUGAGACCAAGGUGGAGGCCUUACCAAACUCUCUAUGUAGCAACAUCAUGCUGUACAUUCGUCCCUAUUUGUCUGAGAUAUCCUGUACAUCUAUCACUUACAAUGACAAGAGCUUUUGAUAUCAUUAUUGACUGAUAUAUUGAUAUCUAACUUUAGAUUCUAGUAGAUGAGAAAAGACAAAAAGUGUGCUUUAUUUAGCUAUUGUCUGUGAUGAGUGUUCCCAGUUCUUGAUUUCAUUGUUUUUUUUUUUCAAUACACUGUGCAUUGCUGAGUAGCUUUCGAAAAAGGAGAACACUGUAGUUUUAGUAGUGAGUCACAAGCACCAAAACUUUGAUGUGAAAUAAGAAAAAAAAAGACAAAACUAUGAAUAUAUCUAUAUAGAAGUUGAUAGUUUUUAUGUUUUUAUGUUGUUGCUCUGGACUGUAAAGUAGUAAUAGGAUUACAUUUGUUUGUAGACCAUAAGUUGCACGUUAUGCAACUCUAAAGAAACCCUUGAUGCCGUUCACCACUAAUGACUACUGGUGAACUUUGACCUUUUAAACUUUUAGUCAGAGGCAUUAUGAACCUGAAGUACACCAGCUAAAAUCAAGGACAGUGCCUUUAUUUUUCUACCGAGUCAUCCAGAAUGACCAUGUGUCACUAAAUUGCGAAGCUGUCUGCAUGACAUAAUGAGAUCAGAGCUUGACCAACCAAUCAAUCAACCAAUGCCACUGCCCACAAUGUUUUUUUUUUUUUUUACAUGCCAGUUUUACAAACUAAUUAAAACCCAGCAAACAAACUAGAGGCAAAAAUUAUACUCAUAUAAUCUAUUUAAUAUUCUAACAGCAAGUAAAAUAUGAUUAUCCAUUAAAUAAACCAUUGUUCUAUUACAUACUUGUACUGCUACGAUGAGUAAUUACACUAAAAACAGAUUCAAUAUGACAAUAUGAAGUUUUAGUCAACUAAUUGCAAAUUUAUUAUCAAAACUGACAUAUUCUGAGAUUCUGAGUUUUAUUUUCUGAUGAUAUAACAGGGUACACUCUUAGAAGAAAAGGUUCUAUAUAGAACCUUAGAGGGUUCUGUCAUCAUAUAUAAAACCUUUUAGGGGUUCCCAUCAUGGGAAUGGGAAUUUAAUUUUAAUUUUGUUUAAACUCAUUUUUAUUUUUUAUUAAAUUUUAUUAAUUAAACAGCUCAUUAACAUACUUUAUCAACAGAAAAACAUUAUUAAAGACAUUUCUCCUCAUAAAACCUUUUUGGCAUAGAGAGUUCUUUGUCAAGAACCUAUACGGUUCUAUAUAGAACCUUUUUUCCUAAGAGUGUACAAGAAAUUCCUGAUGGUAACAUUAAUUCCUUUCUCUUAUAAGGAUAGUUCACACAAAAAUGAAACUUCUAUCAUCAUUUAAUCACCCUCAUAUUUUUCCAAAACUGUUUCAACUGUUAUACACUGGAAGUUGGUCCAAAAUAACAUUGGACCUCAUUGAUUUUCAUUAUAUGGACAAUAAUAAAAAACAAAAACAUAUUUUGAAAUGCCUAUGCAUACAGGUUUGGAACGACAUGAAGGUGAUUUUAGGUGAACUAUCCCUUUAAGCACUGAGAAUGUAUGUUAGAUUAAUUAUGAAGGGUUUGCCUUGCCAUUUAUCUGACCAUUUUUGUUUAAAUAGUGGUUGUGUAUUUCUGUUGGCUUAAAAUAGAGAGAUACACAUUAAACACACACACAUGCAGUCCUUUUGUCCUUCGUCAGGUCAUGAACACGCCACACCUCUCCAUCGACAUGAUCAAAACCUGCUGCGCCAGCAAAAUCGAACACCUUUCUCUUUUCUCAUCCCCUCUCAUUUCAAUUUCUUAUUUCCACCCCCGCCCACAUUUUACUCCCUUUUCCUCUCUGGUGCACCUUUAAUCUCAUCAGAUCUUCCUAACCCCUUAAUCCAAUGACAUCAGGAUUAGAAAUUCUACAAAUUAGCCGUUGAUCACCUUUAUAAAAAACCCCAUUUUCUCUGAGAAGGUUAUGAUCACAUGCAUUUAGGUUAUAAAUAGCAUGCAUUUAAAAUCUUGGUUUUAGAUUAUUGGCAUACAAGUUCAUUUAAUUAGUCUUAUUUUUUUCCAUUCACACUCAUUCUCAUCACAAAAAUGUGGCAAAGUAGAUACCUGGCUUUCAAUUAUACCUUAAAACAGUAGUUUACUCUUUAAAAUAAGGCUUAUGACUCCAUAUCUAAGAUGUUUCCAAAGUAAAAGCUGAGCAUCAUGAAUUAUACACAUUCAUCCAGUGAACAUGCCUUGUGGGAACAGCCAACAAAAUAUCAGAAUAUAGGAGUCAAAUGCCAUUUCCCAAACAAGCAAAAAUUGGUUCACAAUCCUAAAACAGUAAUAUAUAUUCGGUGAUGUAUUGAUUCUACGAGCGGUACGUCCACAUCAACAUUAAAGGUUUCCCAAUCAAAGCAGACUUUUAAAAACAGAGGACUUGGUUAUCACCUUAUUGUGGCCUUCUGUGUACAAUCGGAAGCUCCUUCUGUAAUUACUUGCUAAUAGUUUCUUUCCCAAUGGGUUCAUAAGUAUUUUUUACUCAGUUUUUGAAGUAAAGAUUAAAGAUUUUAAGAAAGUUUGAAACAUUGUGACGAAUUUGAUAACAGCAAUCAGUUCAAUUCAAAAGAAAAAGAAAAAGAAAAAAAAAAAAAAAGAAUAAAAUCAGUCCAAUAGCAUAUCUGUAGCAUCCACCAAAGUUAGAGAUGCCCGGUUUAAAAGUAUUCUCUGGUGAGCAUUGCAAAAUUUUUUCAAAUUAUGAAAUAACCAACAUGACAGAAAGAUGAAGGCAACAGAUAUUUGCAAUGAGUAAAUGAAUGAACUGCUUCUUUAAGAAAUGUGUAUGUUUUUUAUUGAAUUUUCUAGUAGUAAAAAACUCUUGGUGUUUUUCUCUGCGUGUCGUGUGUUGUCUUAAUAUUUGAAUGUAUUUACUGCGGAACAAAAUUUGCCAAAGAUAUCAUGUCAUUUGAUUUCAAUCUUUUUGGUUCUUCAUGACUUAGCUUAUUUCUUCAUUUUAUCAAAAUCUGUCCACAAGCUGGAAAUAAAUGUGAUUUGAUAUUCAUUUUCUAAUGGAAUUAUAUUGUUAUUGUUAUAUUAUUAUUGUUAUUUUUAUUAUUAUGAUUUUUAUUUGUUUGUUUUACUGUUGUUCAGGGUUAUUCAAUUGUCUGGCAUUCCUCCUAAUCCCUGAUACAGGGUCAUAGGCUACUCUGUGUAUGUGCAUAUGAGUGAAUGUUGUUUGUGAAUUAUCAAUUUACGUAUGUUGUAAUGUGAAACUAAGAAGUAAUUAUUUGUAAAUAUUGGCCAUAAUUUUAUUGGUUCAUCAGAAUAAAAGUAAUUUUUUAAGUUCA